ACGGUGCCUCGUGCGUGGCAGCUCCGGCCGAGCUUUCAGACGGACGCACGGUCGCGACGGAAGCUCACGAAGCUCGGUCCGCCUGGUUGUUCACGCGUGUCCUCCCGCGUUCCGUGUCAUCGGCGAGGCUUGCGGGGAUGGCGGCGAUAUAGAGGCUGGCGACAAAAUGGCGACCGCGAUACCAAACAAAUGACAAAGGCGUGAAAAGCUCCGCUGGACGAGACUGGACGUCGCUGCCGGGACACGUCCGCCGGAAAAUCCGGGGUGCUCUCGGUUUCGCGUGCGACAGCCGCGCGGAGGAGGUGUCGGACGGGCCCGCGCCUCUGACAUUGGGUCAUCCCUGACCGUUCACGGGUGACCGCCAGCAGAGAAGGUGCACAGGGACCCGCGGACAGAAGCCGAGGGGGGGUUAGACCGAGCAGGAAGUUAGGAUGAUCGGGGCUGCCGCGGUCGUGUGCCUGGCCAGGAUCGCCUGAGGGAUUUUCGGCUGGGCCGCGAUCAUCGACCGGGGAUCUUCGGAGCCCGGAUUACCGAUAGGCUAGACUGAUGGUAUCGGCGGGUCGCGCGCGGUGCUCCUUCCCAGCCGAGUGAGGAUCGCGACUGUCAGUGCCGGUUGCCUCGAUGGCUUGACGAACAUCCCGACGGCCGCCAGUUACGCAAUCAUGUUUUUGUAUUUCGAGAAGAACAACAAUGCCAAGUGCGACUGCAACAUCCUGUCGCUCAGCUGGAUGGGCAAGGUGCCGGACGAGUCGCCGGAGGACGAAGGAUGGAAACUAGAUCGUAGAAAUUACUAUCAGGAGGGAUGGCUGGCCACUGGUAACGCUCGUGGCCUCGUGGGGGUGACUUUCACUGUGUCCCACUUACGUCGAACAAGGACCACGGAACUUCCUCUGAGGGCAAAUUACAACCUACGGGGACAUCGCAGCGAAGUGAUACUAGUGAAAUGGAACGAGCCAUACCAGAAGCUGGCUUCGUGCGACAGUUCCGGCGUAAUUUUUGUGUGGAUCAAGUACGAGGGACGAUGGAGUAUAGAGCUGAUCAACGACAGAAGUAUUCCGGUCACGCAUUUCUCUUGGUCGCACGACGGUCGGAUGGCUCUCAUAUGUUACAGGGACGGCUUCGUACUCGUAGGCAGCGUCGCGGGUCAAAGGUACUGGUCAUCGAUGUUGAACGACAAAGCUACUGUUACUUGUGGUAUUUGGACACCGGAUGAUCAACAGGUAUAUUUCGGAACGACUGCGGGGCAAUUAAUAGUAAUGGACGUUCACGGGGCAAUGGUGUCGGAGGUGGAACUAGCAGCUGGUGUCACUUCAAUGGCUUGGAGCGCGGAGAAGUUCACCAUGGAAGAAGGGGACGACGAUUUAACGAACGACGAAUCGCACAGAGACGAUCGGAACUACGUUCUGGCCGUUUGUUUAGCCGACGGGAACAUAGUGAUGCUACGGUCCUUCGACGACGUAUCGCCCAUCACGAUACGGACGAACCUGAAGGCGCCGUUGCACGCCGAAUGGAGCAAUUCGCGAAAACUGCUUGCCAUAGCUGGGACGAAGGAGUCGGACUCGCAGGGCAGCCCUCACGAGUACACGAACCUUUUGAAGUUUUACUCGGUCACCGGCGCUCUUGUGUAUACCAUUGCGAUACCGUACACGCAAUGCCCGGUGUCGGCGCUUACGUGGGGCCACAACGAUAGGAGACUUUUCGUGGCGACAGGAGCACGUAUUCACGCGGCCUGGGUGUCAAGACGGGUCGGCUCGUUGCAAUUGUUGUCGCGUUUUGCGGUGAGAGCUACUCUAACCAGGGAAUCCAGUGUUCGACAGCUUCCGUUGCCACCGAGAUUGAGAGCGUCGGUAGCUGCACUUUUCGCUAGUACAAUAAGAUGUUCGGUGCCAGAACCAAGGGAGCUCAGGCAUUUCGUAUCGCGUCCACCUCCGGGAGGAGGAAGGUUGCACUGCACCAUGCUGAGGCACGCGGUGGAGCCGGUCCCAUGUUACACGUUAUACUUAGAGUACCUCGGAGGGCUGGUGCCCCUCCUGAAGGGCAGGCGGACCAGCAAAAUCAGGCCGGAGUUCGUGAUAUUCGAUCCGCAGAGUCAGGACACUCUGCAAGUCGUGGAGGAUACCUCGCAAUGUCCGUCGUUUAGCGAUGGUUCCGACACGGAAAGGGACACGGCCGAUCUGUGCGGAUCGCCCAGGAACAAACGGAAGAACAGGAGAAAAAGAGGGGAGGAUAAGUCGAACGAGGAGAACGAUGAUCUCACCUACGUGGACACUCUGCCCGAGCACGCGAGGCUCGUCGAAGUAACGUCAAAUAUCUGGGGCACGAAAUUCAAGUUCCACGGAUUGGCAGACUCGGUGCCGGCGAACCUGGGUCAAGUCACCUAUCGGACGUCGUUGCUGCACUUGCAGCCGCGGCAAAUGACUCUGGUGAUGACGGAGCUGCGCGACGACGUUCCGGCAGGUCCAGAUCCCACGUUCAACCCGAACCUGUUCUCCGAGGACGAGGAGGAAACGUUCCAGGAGCUGCAAGGCGCGUCGAGGAGCACGCCGGAUGCCCAGCCGCCGCCGAUCGCGCCGAUGACGCCGCGGAACGCACGACUGAACUCGAAUCGUCCGAAAUCACAAAUCUCCAACCAGUUCAUGGCCAACGAAGCCCUGCCCGCCACGCUGUCCAGGGUCGAGAACUACGAGAACGAGCUGCCCUACGUGGACCUGCAGGAAAUUGGGAACCUGUACGACAAUCUGAGGACCGCGCCGGCGAACACCUAUCGGACGCCGCCGAGACACAACCCGCCGAGGUGUUGCGACGUGCCGGCCCUUCAGUCCCCUAAGAACGCGGUCGCGCCCACGCAAACGAUCAUCGCGACCUCGAACACGGGGACCGACUACGCGAACAACAUCCAACGGAUGAAGACCGUUCUGGCCGACCAGCAGGCUGGUAUGGUCACGAAGAAGGAGCUCGAGAACAACAAGUUCAAUCAGAUAUCCCAGGACGACAAGGCCGUACUGUCGUCCUGUCCGACGACGAUCAUUCCCAUGUCCAUACACAACGGCCAAAGCCCGGCCGCGGAAGCGUCGAGCAGCCGCGACUGUCCCCAAAGCUCCAUCGUGAACGGUUUGGACAACAACAACAGUUGUUCCCAGCCGCAGGCCAUCUUCCUUAACGGUGUUCAGAGUAGGAAACCUAGCCACAACUCUGGCAGCGGCGCGACGGCCCUGGGCCACGGGCAGAGCAACGGCGCCUUCAGCAAGAACGGUAUACACUUGGCCAGUAACCAUUCGCCCGCGUGUUCUUAUCAAUUUCCAGAGAACAUCGAGCAGUGCGUCGGCCAGUCUUGCGCGCACUGCACCUCGAAGUUCAAAGAUUUCAAGUCGCACGAGUCCUGCGGCAAAACGAACGCCAGCUACCUGCCGACCUGCGGCCCGAGCAGCAGGUCCGAGGAGAUGCGUUUCACCGACGACGAGACCCGCGGCGAGGCGGUCGCGUUGGAACAUUCCCGCGGCGUUCAUCGAACCCCCACGGUCGUCAGUAUCGGUCCCCUUUGCGUCAACGACUCUAUAGUGAGGAGCUGCAGCGUCGGCUACCUGGACAUGGUCGACGCGCAGCUGGUCCCCUGCGACGUCGCUCUGAAGAUGCUCAGAAAAGAGGCGCCCAACAAGAGGCUGGUCCUCGUGUCGAGGAAGACCAAGCGGAGAAAAAAGAACAAGGCUCAGCUGGAGAUCGGACAGCAGACCUCCAAGUCGCCGAGGCUUCGCAACUGCGGCAAAUCCAGGAGCCUCGACUCCAGCGACAUAUUCCCGGUGAACGAUCACGUCGCCGCGCCGCCCAAGUUGCCCGAACACAUCGAAGAGACGGCGGGGAUCGUCAACGCCGAAAUGACUGAGGGGAAGAGCAACGAGUCCCUGGAGAAGACGCCGGACGUCAUAGCGGUGUCCGUCGAGUGCGCGAAACGCGUCGCCGGGGCUAUCACGGUGAACUCUCCUGUCAAACCGAGCCGACUAGAAAGUCCUAAUUCGCCUGCUAGAGGCUCUAGUCCAAGCGGUUCACCGGCGUCAUCCUUAGACGGUCUUGCAGCUCGGCUGCGAGAUUUCGAUGAAAGUCAUUCUUUGCCACCGCCGUCACCUCGUCCAUCGUCUAGAUUUUACGAUAUAUUUCUUAGAUUACCUAGGAGUUCCCCAAGCAGUCCGGCUCCCUCGAAGAAAGGCAAAAGACCGGCGUCGGCGUCGCCAAUUAGAAGGCGGCUUCUAUCGAGUCCCUUAUUAAGCAGAAAAACACGAAAGAGCCGGGGCGAAAGUUCGGACGAGGAGGGCUUGCUUCCAGAUGAAUCGUCGAUGAACUAUAGAGACCUUGAAACUUUUCAAAAGGCGCAGUUGCGCCAGAAGUUAAAGCAGAAAGGGGCGGGAGUGUCCGGUCACAAAUCGGAAACAGCGAAACGGGAGCUCGUGAUGCACAAUAAAGCGCCAAUGUGGAACGAAUUCAGCCAAGUGUAUCAACUUGAUUUCGGUGGCAGAGUGACCCAAGAGAGCGCGAAGAAUUUUCAAAUAGAGUUCAAGGGUCGGCAGGUCAUGCAAUUUGGGAGGAUAGAUGGGAACGCCUACACACUAGAUUUCCAAUAUCCUUUUAGCGCAUUACAAGCGUUCGCUGUUGCCUUGGCGAAUGUUACACAACGGCUCAAGUAACUGACAGUCUUCGGUUCGCCAUUUGAUAUAAGUUCGCGUGGAAUUCGGAGCAGGAGUCCCAGGAGCGCAACCCGGGCUGCACGUUAUACCUAAAACGAAAUAUUCGUCCAACAAGAAAAAAAAAAGAGUAAGAAGAAAAUCUAGCGAGACGUAGGGAAAAUUAAAAAGCUGUAACAAAAAUACGCUACACAUAGAGAAACCGCAGAGGGGUGAAAUAAAAAGACAUCUUUAAGUACAGCUUUACGAGCGUGUAAUAGAGCCACAUGUCUUUCGAUUAUUAAAGCUAGUGACGGGCUAGAGUAAGACUUUAAUUAAGAGGCAAGUGAUCGUUCCGAAGAUGGGACUGAAAAGCAAAGGGAGAUCAUCAGCCGUCGCCGCAGUAGAGACAUUUCUUCGCGGGAGAAGAACUCGAAGCAUAUGGCCUUGUGUGUAGCGCGGAAACGAAGAAGAAUUGUUGGUCUGAGCGCCUUCUUGGGGGCCUUACGCGGGGCCGUUCGAACCACCAACGCCUUCAAAGCUGCAAAGUACUUCGAUUUACCUCGCUUUCGCGGGUUUUUUUAGCGAGGACCGUUCGCGAUGGAGCGAUUCGUAACACGAACGGACGUGGACAGAGACACGUGGAUAUCGGGGGCGGGAGGGGGGAGGGGAGAUAGAUAUUCGUGGCUGGGGAACCGUGGUGGAAAAAGAAAAGAAGAAAAAGAAAAUAAACGGGAAAAAAGAGAAAAAACACGAUUUCGUUGAAAUGCUUCUUCGCCGUACACCGUCCAAAGAUACAUUUCGUUUCUCCCAACUUCGAGCGCUCAUUUUUGUAUAGUUUAUGCGACACGUUGGAGUCUAGUAAAUGCUGUUGAAAGUUCACCUCGUUCAUUUUUUGCGGUCCGCCGGAUGUAUUCGAAUUUUAUAUACAACGUAUAUAUGUAUAUUGACGGACUCGCACACACUCGCGCGAGCGUUUCAUGUUGUUCGAUUUAAAUGUUUCUUAACGCGUAUUUAAUAAAAGACGGAGAGAAAGACACAAAAUGAAAGCGUAGAGGAGAGAGAGAGAGAGAGAGAGAGAGAGAAAGAGAGACGACAAACGAUCGUUUGAUCACGCUAAUAACGGUAACUUUUAACGUCCGGCCUGUCGUUCGUCCUCGUCGAGGCAGGGCUGACGCGACUUGGGUGGGGAGGGGGGGUGGGAUAGCAAAAUGUUUCAAACAGAAGGGUGAAAAACGAUUUUCGCCUGUACGAUGCGCGCGAAUCGUACGCGUCGAACUAACUGUCGUGUGUACUUAACCCAUGAUCGUUGUACUUCAUUCGCCUAAUUGUAAGUAACGUGGAAGAUUAACGUCAGGCCUACGCGAGGAGCGCGCCAAUGGGAUACCAUUUGUUUUUUUUUCGAAUCGGAAUUCCGAGGGUGGGGCGCCUGAAUCGAUCGAUCGAGCUGGGGCCCGUGUCGAAAUCAAACUUAACUGGCCACUCGAGGCCCUUCUACCGUCAUCCCCCGUAGUCUAAGAGGUGGCCUUGAACGUACAGUUAAAUUUGCAACUGCACUAGGAAUAUGAUUCUAAAUUUCGUUGCUACGUAGAAUAUAUACACAGAACCAAAUAGCGCAAUCGUGGUAACGCGACGCGUCUCGUCGAUCCUAGGAGACAUAGAUGCAUUCGUUUCGAGAGGAUAAACGACGGAGGGAGGUACUUCUCGCAGUCGAAUCGUAUAGAAUUGACCUUUGUCGAUUCGUUUGUUGGCUCGGUUCACCGUGCUCGCAGCCGUGCGGGAUGCUUUCGUUAAUUAUCGUGUGAUCGUUGUGUCCUACGUGAUGUGAUUAUAGUUGAAUCAAUGUUAUUCGGUUACACCUGUGAACGCGAAUCAAAGGCUUGCUACGUUCUCUAUUUGCUAUUUCAUCGCUGCGUAAACAAGAGUUUUUACUUCUCUCGUCUCAGUUCGUCGUUAAGCCAGACGCGUGAGGAACAGUCGAAGUCAAUUCUUUCCGUGGCCCGGCUAUACGUAGAAACCAACAGAGUGUCUUAAUCCAUGUUGCGACCAUAAUUUGUCAGGAUUACGCUGAUUGUUUCAAUAAUCUCCGAUAGGAUAAGAGUCUACAAACGUUUUAUAUAGUUCGUCUCGAUUUAGAGAUAUUUUAGAACGAGCUUUUUUCCGACCGUAUUUAUAGCGAGUGUUCAGGCCGCCCCAUACUCGUCGGUUAGCGAAUAUAGUCCUAUCAAUAUUUAUACACAUAUUGACAGUGGUACUGGCAAUAUACAUAUAAAUCCGCUAGGUCAUACGAAUCGUCUUUGUUUUCUUAGGCAAACAGUUACGUCCUGAAUUACUUAAUGUCACCUGUAGCCGACAGCACGUACCUAACGCAUGUAUAUCACAUCAGCGAUCGAUCAGUUUUUUAGUUUUACACACCGUUGCAUCUGCACCGCGGAACAUGAACAACAAGAGCAUGAGAGAAGAUGUAUUAUACGAGAGGUUCCAUAAGUUUGUGGGGAAAGCGAAGUUCGUCACGAUAUUAUUUUCGGUGAACGUUUAUCGGUACGUGUUUCCGCGAAAUCAAUUCGUGGAACAGAGAGAGGCUCGAUAAAAAACAUAUUUUGCAAAGAUCGAGAACGGCGUGACGGUAUUUCGGAUUCUUCGAAUGCCUCUGCUUCGCUCGUUUCAUUGUUGAGCCUUGGUUUAAUUGUCCGGUGUCGCCUCGACGGAACAUUUCGUAUGAAAUUUGUACCGUGUAAUUUUUAAACAUAUGUUGACACAAACGUUUCGAUUUGAUCGCUUGCACCCAGAGAUAUCGGAGAACGAAACUAAGAAAAUAUGCACCGCGAGCUGUUCGCGAAGCUUCCCGGAAGAACUUCGUCGAUUCUAAUUUUGCCACAAACUUGUGGGCGUCUCGUAUGAGGAAGCCUUAGUUACCAAAAGCAACGAACACCUGGAACAUGAACGACGCACAUUUUUAAAUCAUCGUGACAGACCGAUCUUGACCACGUGACGGUGGUUCGCAAUCCUCUGGAAGGUGACCAUAAGUUCAUACAUAAUACAUAUAUCGGAGAACGUUUUGUAUGAGACCCAUAAUAGAGUUUCCUUUAUUUAUGAAAGCCGGACGUGUCCGAGAAGUCAUUUUAAGAAAAACAAAGUGAGAAAACAAUUAAAAAAAAAAAGCGAAAAAAAAGAGGAGGAAGAGGAAGAAGAAAAGAUAACAAAGAAUCACGUUAUAAUGAAAGUUCCACCGAUGGUUAAAUUUUCAUACUUGCACGAAAUUUUGAUAUAAAAAGAUCCGCAUCAAUGUGACAUACUUAUUUUUAAUAUGCAUACGUCCUUAUUGCAUCUGCCGAACAAAAGACGGACUUAGGUCACGUAAGAAGCAACGUUUUUCUCCGCGAUCACGAUCAGUUCUUCGCGCACCGUUCUUUUUCUUUUCUUUUUUCUUUUUUUUUCUUUUUUUGAAGUCCUGUUACUGUUAAUUGUACAAUCGACGUUGUGCUUAUCGCCAGUUACAUCUACUCAAUAUUUUUCUUUGGAUUUCAAUGUAAUCCACGCAAAAAAAAGAGAACAUUAAACGGAUCGAAAUCAAUUGACUGCUCAUGAUUAGCUGAAAAUUAUACAAUUUUGUUGAAUCAGAAGUGCACAGAAUAAUACUCGACGAAAUUUUUUCGUCGGCUUAAUUUAGUUAGACGUUGAAUUUAUGACAUGAUUUUCGUGCAUGCAAUUCGAACAGGCGAUUUACAAUUGUAAUUACUAGACUGCGGAUUUUAUACACUCGUGACAGAGAUGAACGAGACGGAUAAGAAAAUAUAUUUAUGUAAUAUAAGUUCCUCGAAAUUGACCUAGACAAUUUUGAUUUUGCAUGAAAAUCAUGUGUCUAGUAAUUAUAAAAAUCGUGAAUUUAACAACACUGCAUCGAGAUGCAAAUUGACAUAGUGAAUAGUACAAGAAAUUAUAGAUCAUUGAAGAUAAGACACCUGCAUCGAUAGAUUUAUUUUCAAUUCGAUUAUCGGCCAUGAGCAGUUAAUUGAACAUUGUUUAAUUGUAUUCGUUUCGUGUAAUCACCAAAUGCUUAUUUGGCAAUGAAUACAGUGCCUAUACGUAUGUAUAAUUGAGAAUGAGGUGAUCUAUGAGUUAAAACAAGUGGCGUAUGAUACUGUCGGAUGUUGCACGAUGCUACUGUUGUACAGCAAUUGUUAUUUCACCGUAUUAUAUACAUGCAUACACCGACCGAAGCGUUUGUAGCUACUGGCGCCAAUCGUGACUGACAGUUCGAAAAUGUUCGGCCUAGCUCAAGUCAGACUAUGUACGUUGAUCCAUAGGUGGUAGUCUUUCUUUUCGUUGAAUAUAUUCAUAUGUAUAUUAUGUUCCGUUUACAAGCGUAACGAUUUAAGAAUAUGCUUAUAUAUAAAUAUAUAUAUAUGAAGAGACAAAAUAAAACGCUAUGUCACGUGUGAACAUUUGUGACUGAGUAUUAAAUAUGAUAACGACACGAUAUACAUAGUGUGCAAGUCGUAUCAGUAUUGUUUUUUCUCCAGCGAUAAGAUUGUUGAUUUGUCGUCUUAGUGCUGAACAAUCAUUCAGUAUAUGUGCAAGCAGAUUUUGUUACCGAGUACAUUGAUGAUUAUCAGACAUUUGUAAAUAAAAAAAGAAAUUCUACACGUCAA